GAUCGUGCUCUCCAGUGCGCAAUAAUUAAAUCGGGUUUAUGAUAAGUAAAGAACAGGCUCGUGAGUCUAUAAAUAGAACAGAUAUUUAUGGUGUUAAUGGUCCGUAGCAUUUCAUAUAGAUUUUAUUCGUCAUCGCUUUUGUCAUGUUAUGUCGUAUGAUAACACGUUAUUCUUGUGUAGACAGUUAUAAACAUGGAUGUGUUAAACACUGCUAUAGUCAUGUAUAAAACUCUACAGGUAUAAUUACAACUUUAAACCAUACAAGGACGGAAUAUGCCAUUUUUGUGACGGGAUGUUUACAUGUUUACGUAUGGUUCGUUGAAAUAAGGCGUGAUAAACGCACGAACGUGUACAGGUGUGUUUCAUGUUAAAGGGACGUUUUUGAAUUAAUUGUCGGUUAGGUUUUGAAUCGGACUGUAAAUAUGGGUGAAAAGAAACUAGCAGAGGCCUACAUUUUAGGAAUCCCAUUCGGAUUAUUCGGUGCUCACCAUUUUUAUCUGGGACGGAAAGGGUUCGGGAUCCUAUAUGCCUGCACCCUAGGUCUACUGGGGAUCGGAUAUAUUUAUGACUUGAUACGCAUGCGGUGGUUAGUGAGACAUGCAAAUAUACAUGGGACUGAAAGGAAGAUGGUUUCGGACUGUUACCUGAUAGGAUCACUUGGCGGACUAUUCGGUGCGCAUCAUUUUUACCUUGGAAACAAGAGACUUGGUAUUUUCUACGCAUGUACGUUGGGUGUGUUCACUAUGGGAUGGAUAAUAGACCUAUUCCGAAUGAAAUACCUUGUCGAAGAUCAUAACGAGCACACGGAAGAUAAAUCUCUCGGAACUGCAUACAUUACAGCGUUACCGCCCCUGGGAAUAUUUGGUGCACACCACUAUUAUUUGGAUAAUGUAAAGCUUGGUUUGAUUUAUACAUUUACGUUUGGUAUAUUCGGUAUAGGAUGGAUUGUGGAUUUGUUUCGAAUGCCAAAACUUGUGCGGAAAGCUGGUUUGGAUAAGAAAUCCAUAGGGACUUCGUACAUAAUGGCGAUGCCCCCGUUUGGGCUUUUUGGUGCACAUCACUAUUAUUUAGGAAAUUAUUUCUUAGGAAUUAUGUAUACAUGUACGUUAGGCAUCUUUACAAUUGGUUGGAUAACCGAUUUAUUUAGAAUGAAGAAUCUUGUGAAAGCUUCUAACGAUCCGACUAGUGAUUAUGGAACAACAAAGGUCACAGCGUACAUUUUAUGUGUGUCCCCGCUUGGACUAUUCGGAGCUCAUCACUUUUACUUAGAACGAUAUCUUAAUGGUGGAUUUUACUUGGCAACAGUUGGAUUAUUUGGAUUCGGUUGGUUUUUCGAUAUGUUAAGACUUCCUGUUUUGUAUGAACGCUACGCAGACGAAGAUAAGCAUAAAUACCCGGAUGAAGCGUAUUUGUACUGGUUUCCCUUUGGCAUAUUUGGACUUCAUCAUUUCUAUCUUGAGAGAAAGAAAUGGGGCAUAUUGUAUGCAUGUACUCUAGGGUGUCUAGGGAUAGGAUGGCUAAUUGACGGUAUACGGUUACCGAAAUUACUUAAAGAAUUUAACAAAUAUGUUCAAGACCCGGAUAUGAAUGAUUUCAGAAUUUGUAGACCCACUUGUCGUUGUUGUUCUAUUUAUAGAUGUAAACGAAAUUGUUAUAGUCUUUUCUCCUGUAAAUGUUUUGAGAAUUUCAGUCUGUCGAGGUCAACCUCAAAAAAUGAAAACGAGACAAAUGGUGAAGUAAGAACAACACCACGUGACGAUUUUGAGGUCAUAAAAGAAAUGUACCCGGAUGAAAAUCACGAGGGUUACACCGAGAAAUCCGCGGAUACGUGUCAAGGUGAAGAACAAGCGUUUACUGUUCAAGAAUCGUACGACACUUACCCAACCGACCAUUCAUCAUCAGAGCAGUUAACAGCUCCUGCGUAUGAUAAUGGUGCAUAUCCGGGAGAUCCUGGUUAUGGCGAGCAAUAUGACGCGGAGGGGCAUACCGGAAAUGACGAAUUUUCCUACCCACAAUCCUCUAAUGACGAGAAUUUAGAUUAUAACCAAGAACACUACCCAGAAAAUGAAACAUAUGAUGAGAAUUAUGCCAAUAAUGAUAAUUAUGCAAGUGAAGGCAGUAAUAAUUAUCAAUAUGGAGACAAUAAUUAUCCCAAUGAUGAGAUACGUCACCACGAAGAUGUUGACGUAACAGUUCAGAACGAACAUGAUCAAUAUGAAUUACAAAAUAGACAAAAUUAUCAACAAAGUAACGGCCAGCAAACGGACCAGUAUAAUAACGAUGUUCACAUGUGAUAUUGUUUUCAUAGGAUAAAUUAGCAUAAUAUAUGAGUAUAUAAAUAUAUUGAACUAUAGUUGAACAAACGCAAAUGUAAAUUUUACUAUUAUAUAUUUUGUUUUCUUACUUUUUACACUGUGUUACUGAUUUUCGUACAGAUAAAUGAUUAGGAAUGGUAAGGAAGGGAAGUAACUUCAAACAAUGAUGUUGAUGGGUUUGAAUUUUGUUACUUCCCUUGCUUUACUUUAACGAUAAGUAUUUGGAUUGUUACUGUCUGUUAUGAAUAUUUAAUUUAAAAAGCCGUAUCAAUAUACAGUUUGACACCAAGGCUCACUAAGUUUAAAUCAAUUAUGUAAAUGUCCUUUUUAUUGGAUGAAAAAUGUUGUUGUUUUUUUUUCAAUUGUUUUUUCAAUUCACUUAUAAAUGACUGACAAUAAUACAGGUUUUUAUAUACAACCAGUCUCAAUAGAUCUGACUUAAAGUGUAUGAAUCUUAAAUUAUACACACAUUUAAAUUCAUUAUCAAUUACAGUUCAUUUUAACCGAAUCUCAAUAUACGUUCUAUCACCAAUUUAUCCUGCUCUAUUUUGUACAGAAAUAAAGCGCUUAUGUGACUUGAUCAUUGUAUAUGAGUCAGUUUUAAAUUUGUAUAUUAUGCUUUCUUUUUCAAUCCCAAUCAAUAGAUAUAUAUCUUGGCAUUCGUUAUUCGCUUAUUUUUAAUCAAUUUUACAAUGUCAUCAACUUACCAUUUAAAGCAGCAUGCCCCCAGGUUAAUGCUCACUUUCAUGAAAUUUUAAAAAUGAGCUUAAAUAUAAAACUAUGUGAAGUGAACAAGGAAAGUAAUUUACACAUUGUAUAUGUCACUUACAAUCCACGUUUAUUACCAAAAAAGGUUAAAGUUUGCAAAAAUAGCUCUUACAGUGAUAGUCACGUAGUAGAAAUAUUGUGAUAAAUACUGUAAAAGCAGUCAUUAAUCCCAUAAAACAUAUGAAUAAUUACUGGAAUUUUUUUACUUUAUCAAAAUCCUAGUACAUUAUUUUCUCAAUUUGUUGAAAUAUUUUGUUUUAUCUUCAGGCAUGUAGCUUUAAUGUAGUAUCACUUAUUGUUCUAAGUUGUCAUUAAAAAUACGGUUAUUUUCUGUAAAGUAGAUACUUCAUAUUUGUAAAAUGCAGCAUAUUUGUGAAGAAGAAAAGCAUUUUAGUCAUAAAAGUAACACGAGAAUUAAAACAAACGCCAUGUCUACAACUAAAGUUAUUUGAUUGAUAAUUUGUGUUGUUCAUAACGUUACAAUAUAUAAGAUGGUCUAUAAAGAAACUUUUAAAUUUCCUCUUAACUCUUUUUUUAAACUCUGUCAAAAUCCUCGCAGCGGUUACUUCCCUUGAUCAGUACAGAAUAUAGCGGAGAUUGAAAUUCAUGAUACUGCACACCGCUUGUCAUUGGAUAAUUGUGACGUUAAUAUAAACUGUGUACAUGGCUGUUGUCAAUUUAUAAUGUAUUUUCAUUUUUCUUUCUUUUAUUAAAGGAAGUUCGCUGUAUCUCUGUAUUAUGAAUUUGUUGAAAUAAAGAUUGUUGUCGUAUAUAUACGGUAGUUAGCAAUAUAACCCCCGCCCUUGUAUCUGUAGCUUUUUUAUAUUUGUAGAGUUGACCUUGAGCAGUUCAGAUUUAUUUCUGUAAGAAUGUCCUGUUGCUAUUUAUAUUGCCUGAAAUAUUACGUUAUCUUGAAUAUUAUGAUACAAAUGUCAUUGUAUCAUAGUUUGGGGACCUUUCUGUUGAAAAAGUGUCAGAUUUAAAUCGUAUACAUAUACA